AUGGCUAUUCAGUCUAGCGAGCGGAGAUACCGUAAUACGAACCUUAAACGGUGUGGAUGUAAAGCUUGGAUAAAAAUCCAUUUGACAAAGGAUAGGUCCAGUUACGAGAUAUAUGAGUUUGUCGAGGCACAUAAUCAUGCGUUAUUCAAUACAGAUGAAGUAUACGAAUUUCAAAAUAUUCUGAAUAGCUCGAGUUACAAAGUCGGUGCGAUUAGGGCUCACCGUAUACAAACGACAUUGAAUGGUGGAUUUGAGCACAAUCAAUGUUCUGAGAUCGACUUUAAGAAUUUUAAGAGAGAUGCAGUUGCCUGUGUUGGGGAAAAGGACGCGAAGAUAUUGUCCCGGGUUAUUUUUUCGAGUAUAAGUGCAAUGAUCAGGAGUUGGGAGCCAUUUUCUGGGCAGAUGAGGUUGCUAGAAUCAACUACAAAGAGUUUGGUGAUGCAUGCGAUGAUUUUUGUUCCAUUUUUGGCGGUUGACAAUCACAAAGCCUCCAUUGUUGUCGGAUCCGGAUUAAUAAGUGGUGAGACAAUUGAAAACUUUACAUGGGUUCUAAGAGCUUUCCUAAAAUGCCAUGAGAAGCAACCGGUUUUUGUGAUUACGGAUCAAUGUUCGGCAAUGAAGCAAGCUAUUCCGUUGGUGUUUACCGAAGCCAAGCAUCGUCUAUGUAUGUGGCACAUCAUGAAGAAAGUGCAUUCCAAGGUUAGUGUCGCCCUAAAUCAAGAUCCUAUGUUCAGUCAAGUUAUUAAUAAGCUCGUAUGGAACACACAUAUUGGCCCAUCUGAAUUCGAGACCAAGUGGCAAGAGAUGAUCGCGCAAUACAAUUUAGGUGGUGAUCCGUGUCGCAAUGUGUUCUUCGACAUCCAAAAGGAAAUAAAGAAGGCCGUAUGGUUUUGUGGUAUAGAGACGGUUGAAUGUCCGGGUGAUCUCAAGACGUUUAUCAUAAGCCACAAGAACAAGAAAUCAUCUGUUAGCACAACGUAUCGGGUGUCCCGUAAUUACCCAGUCAACACGGUCGAAUACGAGUGCAAUCUAUUCACGUGUUACGGGUAUCUAUGUCGUCAUGCAUUUAAGUUUCUAAUAAACGAUGAAGUUGACAGUAUUCCGGACCAAUACGUUUUACGUCGCUGGAAACAAAAUUUAGUUCCUGUCCAGUUACAAUCUGCCAGAGUUCGAUACGGUGAGGUGGAUGCGGAGAAGGAUAAGUACAUAAUUGAUGUAUAUUCCAAAGUCGACGAUAUAAUAAGCAUCGCCCGGAAUGAUAAAGCCCUAUUGUCUAGAUUGGAGAAGACUCUCGAUAAAUUUCUGGUUGAUAUCGAAAAAGAAGUAUCGUAUGAAGACCCAUCCCAACAAAAGAUGGAUGCGAUCAGAGAUCACCUUGGUGUUUCCAUACCUGAUGACGUUGACAUUCUACCACCAUCUGGAAUAAGGAACAAGGGUUGUGGUACAGGUAAGAGGUUGGUUAGCGUGUAUGAGAAAAUACAGUCUGCAAGCAAAAAAACCCGUCAAAAAUGUGCGACAUGUGGCCAACGUACCGGACAUGACUCACGCAAUUGCCCCGAAUUGAUAGAGUAA